AUGACUGGGAACCAUCAAGCUCCCCCUGGUGCACCAGGCACCCCUGUUUCCUCCACUGAUAUGUCAAAUGCAACCACCACCACAGGCCAACAACCGUCCCACAGCCUCAACAAAUUCAUGAGUGAACUGCACAGGGCUCACAUGCCAUCAUGGGCUAUGGCCGCCCUCUGCAUGGUGAGUUUGUGUGUGGUGCUGUCCUGUGCUGUGUGUGUGUGGAGAAAGUGCCUGAGAAAGAAGGACAAGGACAAAGAAAAAGAAAAAGACAAGAAGAAGGGAAAAGAGAAGAGCCAGGGGGACUAUGACACUGAAAUGAAUGGAGGUUACAUCAAGCCGCAGAAAGAUGAAGGUAAAAAAGAAACAGAGCUAUUAGAUAAUGAGCCCAAGGAGGAGGAGAAGCUUGGCAGGCUGCAUUUCACAUUAGACUACAACUUCACUGAUAAUACGCUGGUAGUAGGCAUCCUCCAGGCCGCUGAGCUCCCUGCGAUGGAUGUAGGAGGAAGUUCUGACCCUUACGUCAAACUUUAUCUGCUGCCGGACAAGAAGAAAAAGUUUGAAACUAAAGUUCAUAGGAAGACUCUUGAACCCAAUUUCAACGAAACCUUCACAUUUAAGGUGGCGUACACUGAGCUGGGCGGGAAAACACUUGUGAUGACUGUGUAUGACUUUGACCGUUUCUCAAAACAUGAUGCCAUUGGAGCUGUGAAGAUACCGAUGAGCAGUGUGGACUUCAGCCAGUCUCUGCAGGAGUGGAGGGAUCUGCAGAAGGCAGAGAAGGAGGAGAGUGAGCGGCUUGGAGACAUAUGUUUGUCCUUGAGGUAUGUGCCAACUGCAGGGAAGCUGACAGUGGUGAUCCUGGAGGCCAAAAACCUGAAGAAAAUGGAUGUGGGUGGAUUAUCAGACCCUUAUGUGAAGAUCCACUUAUUGCAGAAUGGGAAAAGACUCAAGAAAAAGAAAACAACAAUAAAGAAAAACACUCUGAACCCUUACUACAAUGAGUCUUUCAGCUUUGAAGUUCCAUGUGAACAGAUAGAGAAAGUGCAGAUAGCAGUGACUGUGUUGGACUAUGAUAAGAUUGGGAAGAAUGAUGCCAUUGGGAAGUUGCUGCUGGGCGGUAACAGCACUGGGAAAGAGCAAUGCCAUUGGUCAGACAUGCUGGCAAAUCCCAGGAGGCCAAUAGCUCAGUGGCACAGCCUCCAACCAGAGGAUGAAGUCAACGCACUUAUCUCCAACAAGAAAUGA